CAGAUUAAUUUACCAGCAUAUUUUCUAGGGGAGUUAUCAGAUCUACUCUUUGGGUCUCUCUCCAAUAUAUUUUCAAGAAACCAUUUCUUGGUUUUGGAUUCAGAUCCAAGGAUUCAUUAAUCAUGUCAGGAAAAUGGUGAGAGGGAAGAUCGAAAUCAAAAGAAUCGAGGACGUGACCAGCAGACAAGUCACGUUUUCCAAGCGUAGGAAAGGUCUCUUGAAGAAGGCUCACGAGCUUUCAGUUCUAUGUGAUGCUCAAGUAGCAGCCAUUGUCUUCUCUCAGAAAGGAAGAUUAUAUGAUUUCGCUAGCUCCGACAUGCAGAAGAUGAUAGAGAGAUGUGAGAUACAUAGGGGUGAGUAUUUUGGAGCACAGAGACUCCAAAAACAGCAAUAUGUGCAAGAGCUCAAGAACGAAAUGGCGAUAACGAUGGACAAGAUUAAACUUCUUCAACUUCAUUGCCGGAAGCUGAUGGGGCAAGAUUUGUAUUCGUGUUCGGUGGAGGAACUCAAGGAGAUAACUACCAAAAUUGAGAAAAGUCUUACUAUUGUCAGAUCAAGGAAGGCUAAGUUAAAUGAAGAUAAAAUAGAGAAACUAAAAGCAGAGAUUGUAGCACAGAGAGAGGUCUUGAACGAGAAAAGUAGCCUGCGCCAAAUGUUUGAAGAACAACCCUUGUGGAUUCAGUCAAGGAGCCUAGAGAGUGAGAAGAGUGCACCUUCCUAUAGUUGUGGAAACAUGAACUUGUCGGAUGUGGAAACUGACUUGUCCAUCGGAUUGCCUCAAAGUCGAGUGUAAUCAAUAGAGUUCUUGUUAAUGUUAAUA